CUGACUUUGCACCAGUAUCAAACACUUUCUCUGAACAAUGUCGGACGACGAGCACCACUUCGAAUCAAGCGACGCCGGAGCUUCCAAGACUUAUCCUCAACAAGCCGGUAACAUCCGUAAAGGUGGUCACAUCGUCAUCAAGGGACGUCCAUGCAAGGUGGUUGAGGUAUCAACAUCAAAGACUGGGAAGCACGGUCACGCCAAAUGUCAUUUUGUUGCACUUGAUAUCUUCACUUCUAAGAAGCUUGAAGAUAUUGUUCCUUCUUCCCACAAUUGUGAUGUUCCACAUGUGAACCGUGUUGAUUACCAAUUGAUUGAUAUCUCUGAAGAUGGCUUUGUUAGUCUUCUGACUGAUAAUGGUAGCACUAAGGAUGAUUUGAAGUUGCCAACAGAUGAAGCUCUGCUAACACAGCUCAAGAAUGGAUUUGAGGAGGGAAAGGAUAUUGUUGUGUCUGUGAUGUCUGCAAUGGGAGAGGAGCAGAUGUGUGCUCUCAAGGAAGUUGGUCCAAAGUAAUAAGUAAGCAUUUUUGUCUUGCCUCUCUUUCUAAUGUAUCAUCAAUUUGACUUGACAGAGUCAAAUGUUAUAAGAACACAAUUUGGUCCUUUACUUUUUUGGGUCUUCUUAUUAGUAGUUUAAGCAAGCCCACAUGUUUCAUGUACGACACUUAAUAUCUCUAUCUUGUUAUUGGUUUUGGUUGUGGAGAAGUUACUGUUUGAAACCAA